AUGUUACAGCCUAGGAUAGCCGUUCCGCUGCGGCGCACAAUUAUCGAGACAUCGUCAGCAUGUUUUCGCCCCAGAACUCGCACUCCGCAUCGCACAAUCAUCAAACGAAUAUCUACAAGAAGCUUCACCUCCGCACGCUGCUUAUACCUGCCUGUACCCGAACCCAAGCCCACCGAAAUCGAACCAACACCCGAGCCCAAAGAUGAGGAUAUAUUCAUACCAAAGCCGCUCGGUCGGCCGAUUGGCUUCCGAGAGCCACCACAAGCUGGUGAAAAUGUUGGAAAUGUGAAAGUCAAGAAAGACUACACAGGCAUGACAUUCAAAGAGCGCAAUCUGGAGAAGCGCAAGGAUCUCGUAGAGAGAUGGGGCACAAAUUACUUCCGCGACUUCAAGAACAUUCGCAAGUAUCGAUCCGGCAAAACGUUCAUGGCAAACCCGCGCAUCUUCAAGAGCGAGGCGGCAUUAUAUUUCCCGAACCUACACGGCGACACACUGGCACAGAAGGGUGCGGAUACAACGGACGUCUUAAAAGGAAAGAUAUCCGUGGUGAACGUGUAUAGCAGUCAGUGGGGAGAGACACAGGCGCAGACGUUUACUGGCAAGAAGACGAACACUGCACUACAUCAGUUGUUGGCACAGAGCCCGCACGUCGUCCAGAUGGUCGACGUCAACAUUGAAGAGAACACCAUGAAGGCUUGGAUCAUUGCAUUGUUCCAAUGGCGAUUACGUAGAAUGAAGCCAAAAGAGGAUUGGGGUAAAUACUUCGUGGUCAAGAGUGGUGUCAGCGAAAAGAUACGAGAGACAAUUGGUCUCUUGAAUGGACGAGUUGGAUACGUCUAUCUCGUGGAUCAAGACUGCAAGAUAAGGUGGGCAGGAAGCGGUAAUGCGGAGGGAACUGAGAUGGACGACAUGAACCGAGGUGUCGCAAAAUUGAUUGCUGAGGCGAUCUGA